GCUUGUCCUCGGCCCGGAUCAUAUAUUGCAGCUCUAUCCCAGCAUUGGCUGGUGAGCGUGCAUAAUGACAAGUGAACAUACCCUACAAUCGAGCGGAAGUGGGACUUUGACCCAUUGGAAUAUCAAUUAUGCAUACGCAUAUGGACGUCAGGAUAACGGUCUUACCUCAUCGUCGUAUCCCGCUUCCUCUACACCUCUGGAUUCAACUCCUUCAGACAGUCCUACCGAUGUCGUUGCCCCCGCUUCAACCGAGACAGGCGCAAACAUAGCUACCAUCAUUUCUAUCACCUCCCUCCCUCCUCUAAAUACCACUCUGCCUCACGAUGUCACAAAACUUCCCUACCACCAGCAUCUUGAUGUCAUCUUUCUAGCGCCGCUCUUUGCAGUGUUAGGUAUUCUACUUGGAGUUGGUGCCGUGAGUCUAUGGUGGAAGCUCAGACUCCUUGGCGAUGCGGGUUCGGGCGUGUGUGGACUAGGUGGCAGAAAGACCGGUAACAGGAGGAGGAUCAGUCUUGAACCUGGUCCAGCUUAUACACCUGCGCCUCCUGAUGAGGGCGACGGCGGUAUCGAUGCGGAAGGCUCCGGACCAUACUCGACUCGCAACAGGAGCACAGAGGAAGUUACGCUCUUUGCAGCGGGCACACCCAGUAAAACUACGAUACACGGCACACGAUACCUCCUCCCCACGCACAUGCGUGAUCAAGUCACUAUCGGUGGUACUGUGACCAAACCUUUCUGCACACCAUUCCUUAUAGGUGCCAGUCAGUUCAACUCAGCUGAGACUGCGGGCUCUGAUCAUGGUGACCCAUUCACGGAAACGCAUAGUGCUUCUCCUCGCGUAUAUGAUGCAGAAAGGGCAGAAGCAGGCCAGUCUCGACGCAGCAUGUUUCAGAGAAUCUUAAAUCGCUCGACCUUGGCUGAUGGCAGACAAUAUGAUGCGGUCAGGACGCACGAUUUCUCCCCAAGUAACCACCCCCGCCUCAACUCAAUCCCCACUUUAGCUAUAAACAUCAACCCUUUAAAUACUAUGAACAGUAUGGCUCCCCAUGGUGGAAGGAGCAGCGCGGUGGAUGUUCCACUGCGAUUGUUUGAGGGUGGUGCAGGAGGGGAGGUGCAACGGCCUGUGAGGGCGUGGUUAGAAACCCCCGAAGGGGCAGUUCAGACUCCUGGGGGCACGAGAUAUGGGAGCGGCGGGUCUUCCAAAUACAAGGCCACUGGUGACCAGCAUACUGAUUAUAAACCAAUGUCAGAAACUCCACAGACCCCCGUCUCGAAAGUCAGUCAGUUCUGGACGCCUCGUUGGAAAAACAAAGCUGUGCCACCGCUCUCAUCUCAAUCCCCGGCUAAACCUUCUCCAUCUCCACCGUGCAUUGUACUAUCUCCUUCACAAUCUCCAUCACCGAUGCCGCGAUGUGCUGUACCCACUUCGACGCGUGAAGUAUCAUCCAAAGAACGCAAGCAGCAGGACCUCCUUGAGACAAGAAUGGAACCCAAGUCCAAAUCGCUGGAGCGAAACACUUCGAUUCCGCAAAUCGACUCUUCCGUUCUCCCACGUAGCCCCCCGCUCUUGAUGUCUCCCCCCCUCGAAGCCGCACUGCUCUUCACAUCUACCUCAUGUGGCGCGCUCAGUUUCGCCACGCUUGCGAAUUUAAGCCCGAAGUUGGGCUCAUGUUCUCCACCAAUGUCCAAAGCAAAGGUCUUUGCAGGGCCUUAUGACGGCCCCUUCAACUCAAAGUCCAAGACGAAGGCUGACCUGGGAUCGCCCCAAGUUCUGAAUGCUAAUCAGAGUGCACGUGUUACUUCCCCUGACAUUUCACUCUUCCCGCUCCCUUCUUCCUCUGCAAAAAAACUUAAGAAGCGCAAGAGUCAAAGUAGAUCCAGGAAAGGGAAGCGGCAGGAGACGAGUAGAAGGACUGAGGCUUCACCGAUGCUGCCGUUCCCCUCAUAUCCUGACCAUCUCGUAAAUGCGGGACAAAAGGCAUCUGUUUCAGCGACUCUCACCUCGAGCACCUCGCAACCCACGAUCUCGCCCACGCCCACUAUGCUCGCAAUUCUUGCUGCGACCCAGAGCUUGGAGCGCGUGAAUGAGAUCUUGAUGAGAGGCUAUAGUGAACGGGCACUUGGCGGUGGGGAUAUUGACGGCGAGGAGAGGAUGUUGAGAGGGGGUGCUGUCGUUGCGGGUAUUGAGGAGAGCUCAGAACAUGGACGAUAUAUGUAGGAUGUAUGAAUUGUAUCUACUUUUGCGUUUUUUGUUCAACCUCUUGUUAACUUGGCAUCUAGCAGCUCGUAUGACGACCUGUAGAAAGAUCACAGUAUCUAGCUA